UUUUGAAAUGUCCUUUUAGCUGUCGUCGGUUCGCUGUUACAUACGUUAUCCUCAUGGCCAAGUAAUAUUCAAGAUAUUGAUCAGACUGUUCUCUCACGCGACUUAAGAUCUUCAGCAGCCUGACGGAGCCUGACUACAGAUCGUGCUCAUGAAGACCAAACACAAUGAUGAACUCCUGGAAGAAAGCCCCCCUCAGCAGAACGGGGCCACCCAGGCGAGUCCUGACAUCUACAGCCCUGCAUCUCCCGUGCUGCAGGAUGAACCCAUCUCCACAUACUUUGAGGAGAAGGUUCCCAUUCCCGAUGAUGUCACAAAGAUGUUUAGCUUUCGUAAGCUCUGGGCCUUCAGUGGACCAGGUUUUCUGAUGAGCAUUGCCUAUCUGGACCCUGGAAACAUAGAAUCUGAUCUUCAGUCUGGGGCUAAAGCUGGAUUCAAACUGCUGUGGGUGCUUUUGGGGGCCACUAUCAUUGGGCUUCUGCUGCAGCGUCUGGCUGCUCGUCUCGGUGUAGUAACAGGGAUGCACCUGGCUGAGGUUUGCAACCGACAUUAUCCAACAGUACCACGAAUCUUCCUGUGGCUGAUGGUGGAACUGGCAAUCAUCGGCUCUGACAUGCAGGAAGUCAUUGGCUGUGCCAUCGCUCUCAAUCUGCUGUCUGUUGGACGGAUUCCUCUCUGGGCCGGAGUGCUUAUAACCAUUAUUGACACAUUUGUGUUCCUGUUUUUGGACAAAUAUGGUCUGCGGAAACUUGAGGCUUUCUUUGGGUUCCUCAUCACUACCAUGGCUCUCAGCUUUGGUUAUGAGUAUGUGCGCGUAGGUCCAGACCAGAGCGAAGUUUUGAAGGGCAUGUUUGUGCCAUACUGUAGCGGCUGUGGGCCUGCGCAAUUAGGGCAGGCUGUUGGGAUAGUUGGAGCAGUUAUAAUGCCUCAUAACAUCUAUCUGCACUCUGCUCUUGUAAAGUCACGGGAAAUUAAUCGAGCCAACAAGGAGGAGGUGAAAGAGGCCAACGCAUACUACUUCAUUGAGUCAUCAAUUGCUCUCUUUAUCUCAUUCCUCGUCAAUGUUUUUGUGGUGGCCGUCUUUGCAGAGGCAUUUUAUGGCAAGACAAAUAUGCAAGUGAGUCAGAAAUGUAAUGAAACGGGUAGCCCACACACUGAGCUUUUCCCAACCAACAAUGAAACACUUGAAGUCGAUAUCUACAAAGGGGGUGUAGUUCUGGGUUGUUUUUUUGGCCCGGCUGCGCUGUAUAUUUGGGCAAUUGGGAUUCUUGCUGCUGGACAGAGUUCUACUAUGACGGGAACCUACUCUGGUCAGUUUGUUAUGGAGGGUUUUCUGAACCUCCGUUGGUCUCGCUUUUCUCGGGUAUUGUUGACACGCUCCAUUGCCAUCUUUCCCACACUUCUGGUUGCUGUCUUUGAGGACGUCCAGCAUCUAACUGGCAUGAACGACUUUCUCAAUGUGCUGCAAAGCAUGCAGUUGCCCUUUGCUCUGAUCCCAAUUCUCACCUUUACCAGCUUGACGUCACUCAUGAAUGAUUUCGCCAAUGGACUGUGA